CGCGCGAACGGCCCUCGCUCACGCCCGCGUCCGAACGCUCCUCCUUCGUCGCCGCUCGAUCGUCGCGCGAAGAGACGACGUCAUGUAUCUCAUGUAUUACCUCGACGAGAAGGGGAUCCGCGUGUACACCUUGAAGAAGGUCGCCCCGGACGGAACGCCGACGCAGAGCGCGCAUCCCGCGCGAUUCUCACCCGACGACAAGUUCUCGAAGCAGCGCGUCGCGUGCAAGAAGCGGUUCGGGCUCCUCCCGACGCAGAAGCCGAUCCCGGAGCUCUGA